UCAGCUCGGCUGGCCAGUUGGCACGUCGUCGGUGACGAGAACGCUUUGGGUUUGCCACGGACGCUUGGAGAAACGCCAUGCCGGUUUUCGAGAUUGACACGAACGUCGCCGAGGCGAACAUCACGCCACAAGUGGUCAUGGAGCUCACAGAGCUGCUUGCUAAGCUCCUGGGGCUGGAUGUGAAGUACAUGACGGUGAUCUUCCGUCCCAACCCACGCAUGAUGUGGGCUGGUACGCCGGAGCCCUGCGCCGUCUGCCGCCUCACUGCCAUCCACAACGUCAACGAAGAGGCCAACCGAAGGUUCACUGAAAAGGUGUUCAAGUUCAUGAACGACAAACUCGGCCUGCCUGGAAACAGGAUGUAUAUCCUCUUCUACAGCCCUGCCGCCAACCACGUGGGCUUUACUGGACGCCUGUUCUCCGACCUGAAGCUGUAGAGCCGCUGUCACCGUUCCGCAGAUGGUCAUUCAAUACCACGUACAAGGAGACCAAAUUACAUGCAAAUGCUCUCGUCUGCUGUGUUCCGCGUCAUGUACCGUCUUUGUCACCUGUGAUGCGUUGAUGUUCGGAAUGACGCCGGCAGUUAUGAGACGUUCUUCGCUGUCUCUCAUCGGUGCCACACCCGCAUUCUUUGGUACCCCGUCUUCAAUGCGUUAAGAUUAGACGUAAUCGAACAACUUCUGGUUUGCUUUAGAUAUUCACUGCUGUUUUCGUUGAAACCUGAAACGUCGCACUCUUCCAGUGAGGGCGUAACUCGUGGGUCCAACCAACGAAUUUCUGGUUAUUUUUAGCCGACGUGCUGAUCUGGCGCAACUGAUGCAAGUCAAAUUUGUGUCCGGGGUCUUGUGGUAUUGAUUUUUAGCUGCAAUGAUUGCCACCCAUUUUUGCCAUUGCAUUUUCAAGCUGAGUCAGAUAUCUGAAACUUAAAACGUUGGUGUGUGUCUCUGACAAACAGAACGGUACUGUUGCCAUUUUUGGCGCAAGCGCUCCACUCAACUUCCACCGAAGCGAGGUUUUUUGUUUGCGAGCCAGGAGCUGAGAUGAAGCUAAAGGCACCGUCUCGCCGUCAGGGACAUACGGGAGGGGUGUCUCAGCAAGCAGCUGCCGCGCAAUAUUGCGCGUAAUUAUCAUGCAAUGUCACAUUUGAAGCAUCCUACCAAUCAGUUAAAAAAGAGUUUUGGUGGGACCCGCCUGCUUUUCAAAUACACCGCUAGAAGAGU